GUUACUACUACUGCAUUGAAGUUAAACCGCAAUAAGCAGAGGCUCAGAAAGGAGAGAAGAUUUUUUUUUUUUAUAUAUAUUUCUGCUAGACAGAUCUCUCUGUCUCUAUAUCUCCAUAUCUGGUGUUUCUCAAUCAGUAAGUAAUGGCCGAUGAACCUUCUGUCACUCGCUGGUCUUUUCAGGAUUUUAAAACAUUUUAUGAUGGUAAGUUUGGGAGAAAAAAGGCAGCAGCAGCAGAAGCAGAAGCAGCAUCGGAUUCGCAGCAAAACGGUCAAACAACAGUAGUAGCAUCGAAUGGAAAUGGUCAUGUCAAUAAUUCUUCAGAUAUGGCCAUUUAUGAGCAGUACAGAAACCAAUAUGGGAACUCAACAACACAUUCGAACGGAGUUUUGUCUAAUGGAGUUAAUGAAAGACCAAAGAAGUCUUUGCUUCCUGCUUUUGAUUCUGCUGAAACACGUGCAUUGGCCGAGAGUUUAUGCAGGGACAUCAUUCGCGGGAGUCCAGAUGUCAAGUGGGAAAGCAUUAAGGGGCUGGAGAAUGCAAAACGUUUACUGAAAGAAGCAGUAGUAAUGCCGAUAAAAUAUCCCAAAUACUUCACUGGUCUUCUGUCGCCAUGGAAAGGCAUUCUUCUUUUUGGCCCUCCAGGGACAGGAAAGACAAUGCUUGCGAAGGCGGUUGCUACAGAGUGCAAAACCACAUUUUUCAAUAUUUCAGCAUCUUCAGUGGUUAGCAAGUGGCGGGGUGAUUCAGAGAAGUUAAUAAAGGUGUUAUUUGAGCUUGCUAGGCACCAUGCACCAUCAACUAUAUUUCUUGAUGAAAUCGAUGCUAUUAUCAGUCAACGUGGUGAAGCUCGCAGUGAGCAUGAAGCAAGUAGGCGUUUGAAGACCGAACUGCUCAUACAGAUGGAUGGUUUGAAUCGCACAAACGAGCUCGUUUUUGUUUUGGCAGCGACUAAUCUCCCUUGGGAGUUGGAUGCAGCUAUGCUCCGGCGUCUUGAGAAGCGAAUUCUUGUACCCCUUCCAGAACCAGAAGCUAGAGCAGCCAUGUUUGAAGAACUCCUGCCAUCACAGCCCGAUGAGGAGAAGCUUCCUUAUGAUUUGUUGGUGGAAAGAACAGAAGGUUUUUCUGGUUCAGAUAUUCGGCUAUUAUGCAAAGAGGCUGCCAUGCAACCAUUGAGACGCAUAAUGACUCUCCUUGAAGACACAGAGGAAGUAGUGCCUGAGGAUGAGUUGCCGAAAGUUGGGCCAAUCAGACCUGAGGAUAUAGAGACGGCUUUGAAGAACACAAGGCCAUCUGCUCAUCUCCACGCCCAUCGCUAUGACAAAUUCAAUGCUGAUUACGGCAGUCAGAUACUCCAAUGAAGGCAUGCAUUGUUAAUCAUUCUUCUAAAUAGCUACCUGUAAUGUUUCUGGAUUUCUUGUUUUCUCUCAUUAGUAUCACCAUUGUUAAACUUGAUGUGGUCAGGGACGCAGGAGUUGUCUGCAGUUCUUAUUUUUUGGAUUAACAUUUAAUAUUGAUUUCAAUUAGCUUCCAAAUUGGUCAAUAAACCAUGUUGCAGGCAGCCUUUGGACUAUCAAGGACAGAUGCUUGUGUUAUGUAGUAGUUUCAUGAGAGGUUUGGUUUUA